AUGAAGCCCCGCUCCCACCUCUGCCUCCCCGAACCUUCUCCGACCAGCGCGCCGCCGCCGCCCCCAAACUUCUCCCACCAGCGCGCCUCCAAACCCCUCCCACCCGCACGCCGCCACCGCCCCCAACCCCCUUCCACGAGCGCCCCGCCGCCGCCCCCAACCCCCUUCCACCAGUGCCCCGCCGCCGCCCCCAAACCCCUUCCACUAGCGCCCCGCCGCUGCCCCGACCACCCUCACACCAGCGCGCCGUGGCGACUCCGAACCCCCUCCGACCAGCGCCCCGCCGCCGUCUGUGCUUCCGUGGCCACUGCGCCGGAUUCCCCUCACCCACUGCAUCGAGUUCGUCAGUUCGCUGGUGUGAUCGACAGGGAUAACCAGGAAGAUGGAAAUCGUGGCACUUGGGGCAUUCCAGGGAGAAGUCCAGCUUGCCAGGAGAACCUGUACUGUUGGAUCUAUCUCGAGAGGACUGAGGGAGCACAUCUCUGCAGCUCUCGAACUUUCAUUGCGAAGAAAGAGAAGAGAGCAGUUGAGUUGAUUGAGGCAGUAAUGCUGCUCCACUUUCUGGUCCUUGAUGAGCCCCUGCGUAGGCGCUUCCUCCUCUCAGGACCAGACCCAACCAUCGUCGCCAUAGCACGGCGCCUACCGGCGAAGGACCACCACCUCCCUGACGACGUGCCCAACCCCGCUGACGAGGCCUGCCGCCAAAACCCUCCUCCUUCCUCCUCGUGUCGGGAUGAACAAGAUCCAGCCGGCGCCUGAAGCUCAUCCCACCAGCGUACCUCCUCCUUCCCCUCGCUGCACGGACCGGUGUGGCAUAGCGUCGCCGCCCAGGUCAACUUCUUUCCUCCCAUCAUUGCUCCUGCAUCUCAUAGAUGAGCUGGUUGGUUCGAUGACUUCUUCAUCAGUAUUUCGAAUCAGGCUGUAACACAUGUGUUGCACAGUAGGUGUUUGCAAUAAUGCAAGAGCCAAAAAAGCUUAUUUUUUGUUGUUCUUAUUUUCAGCUGAAAAAUGAGAAAUAAUUUCAUUUUGGUUCCUUCUGUGGUGCUUGAGAUGAAUUAUAAUCAGUUCAUGUGCAUUCGCCCGAGAAGUUCCCUUAUGAAAAAUAAAUCAUAUAGUUCAUGUAGAAUAAAAAGAACAUUUACCAAGAAAAAUUUACUGAAAGUACAUUUGUCAUAUUUUGCGAAGUUCUACAAAAAUAAAAAGAAAAGUUCAAGCAAAACCAAAACGUUCAAAACAAAAACUCAGGGAUUUCACUCAUGAACAAGAAAAGAAGAAAAAUUCUGUAAGUUUCGAGUGUUGUGUGUGUGUGUUGGGGGGGGGGGGUGCGUUGUUGGUCACCUGGGUGACUGGGUCAGUUCAUGUGCGACCAUUGGAGGAGUUCAAAAAAUGAGAACUCAUGCAUUUCCAUAAAAUUCUGUAGUUUCGUGUGUGUGCUGCUACAAAUAUGAACGAUGUUUUCCAAUCAUACUAGUACGGAUGCAAUCACCUAGAAAAAUGGGUCGUUGGUUCAGUUAUAGGCACUCAACUCUGAAGAUUUUGAAUUUUUGCCUGGUAUUUUAAGUUUGGUUUUUAUCAUAUAAUGUAAAGUUGUAAACAUGUUAACAAUGGUCUUUGCUCCCAGUUCUGAACUUCUUAUUCAGUCUAUUAGUACAGUCGUAGUGGUGGCCACCUCGACGCCUAGCCCGCCAACCCGCGUCGUGCGCUGCCCCGGGGCCCCCGAGCACUGCCGCGCCCCGUCGCCGGUGCCUGACGGUGCAGGCCACCGUCGCUGCCCGACGAAGCAGGCUACCAUCCCUGCAUUGACGAUGCGGAUGUCCAGUCGUUGCUGCAUCUCUCUCUGCCCGUGAAUUAGGUGUUGAAAAUGUUUUCUUAUGUAUGUUUCAGUGGGGAGUCGGAUCAUUUGCUGCUCAAAAUUCGACAAUAAUCCGACAACAAUCGGAGGAGGAAUGCGCAACAAGCAAGUCUAUCAUCGAUGGCAAGCAAUGGCGAUUGGACGAGGGAGGUUGGACGGACUGCAGAUUGGCGAUGUUACCCCCCCUCUCUCAAAGACAAUAAGACCAAAAAGCGAUCAGGCCGUUCAGCUCUGGCACCGAAGCCGUUCACCUCUGCCACAGGAGGCCGUUCGACGAAGCAGCGCUCAUCUUGUUGUGUUUUUAAAGUACAUGUUUUAUGUGCUUUUCAGUUCACCUACUUGACGAUUCUAUAGUACACUAGGUGUUUGUGUUGUGCCUUAAUAAGCAUUUGAGAAAACCUUGUAUGGAUCGAAACUACCAUAUGUUCUGUUCUAUUCUUGUAAAUGAAGCUCCACUUCUGUUUUGUUUGAAGUUAUUUGGCAUAAAAAUUAGUAUAUGUUCUACUGUAAAAGACAUAUAAAAUGUCUUGAUGCAUGCUAGCAGAAAUUUGAAAAUACACUCAGUU